AUGACGAUAAACGACAAUGCUGCCAAUGAUGUCGCUUGUGGUGUGAUCUACCCACCCGAAGCUCCUCUCCUGGAGCCCUCGCUGGAAUUUACAUCUACCGCGAAUACCACACCUUAUGAAAAGGCCAUAGGGUGUUACCUGGAUAUUCAUCAUUUUGUACCAGGAGAGACAAAAGAAUAUCAGAAAGAUUCGACGAAGAAAGGCAUUUAG